AUGUCGUUCAGAAUGGCCACAUCGCGCAUUGCGCCCCGUAUGAUGUUCCGCCGCUCCAUGGCCACCACCGUCGAGUCGAGCAAGGGACCUCUCGCCGGCGGUACCGAGGCCAUCAGCGCCUCCCGCCCCGUCCUCUCGCCCAACGAGACGUCAACCGUCAAGGAGCCCUCCAAGGAUGCCGACAGCAAGAUCAAGACCUUCCACGUCUACAGAUGGAACCCCGACGCCCCCAGCGACAAGCCUCGCAUGCAGAGCUACACCCUCGACCUCAACAAGACUGGCCCCAUGAUGUUGGAUGCUCUGAUCAGAAUCAAGAACGAGCUCGACCCCACUCUUACCUUCCGCCGAUCCUGCAGAGAGGGCAUCUGCGGUUCCUGCGCCAUGAACAUUGACGGUGUCAACACUCUCGCCUGCUUGUGUAUGUCAACUGCCUUUGCACUCACACUCUCAAUCGCUAACAACUCUAGGNNCCGCAUUCCCACCGACACCAAGGCAGAGUCCCGCAUCUANCCCCUCCCUCACACCUACGUCGUCAAGGACCUCGUUCCCGACCUUACCCAGUUCUACAAGCAGUACAAGUCCAUCAAGCCUUUCUUGCAGCGCGAGACCGCUCCCGAGGACGGCCGCGAGUACCGUCAAUCUCCCGAGGAGCGCCGCAAGCUCGAUGGUCUGUACGAGUGCAUUCUCUGCGCCUGCUGCAGCACUUCCUGCCCUUCAUACUGGUGGAACUCGGAGGAGUACCUCGGUCCCGCUAUCCUCCUCCAGUCCUACCGCUGGAUUGCCGACUCGCGUGACGAGAGAACCGCCACUCGCCAGGACGCCCUCAACAACUCCAUGUCUCUGUACCGCUGCCACACCAUCCUGAACUGCUCCAGGACAUGUCCCAAGGGUCUCAACCCUGCUCUCGCCAUUGCAGAGCUCAAGAAGUCUAUGGCCUUCACCUAG